AUGAACGUGAUAGAUUUAAGUGACCCAGCUAUUAGUGUAGAUUACGACAGUUUGAUUGGCAUUGACGAUGAAGAAUCUCAAGAAGUUUUUGAAAAUGAAGUGAAGGAAGACGCACAACAAGAACAACAAGAAGGCACGGUCCUAACAAAUGAUAAGAUCAUUGUUGAGCCCAAACGUGACAUUGAGAGCUUGAGAAAAGUUAUCAGAGAGCAAUUACUGUUCGAUGUGCUCAGGAAUAGGCAAUCGGAUCAUAAUGAUGAAAGAAAAGUUAUCAGCAAUAAAGAUGCUGAGAGUCGACAAGGAAAACUAGAUAGAAUAAGGAAAGAAUUGAAGGAGCUGGAAACGGAAGAUCCAUCUCUUGAAAGGCGAAACGAAAUUAGAGAGUUAUGCAAAUUGCAAUCAAAGUUAGCGAUACAGUCAUCAAGCAGGUUUGCCAAUUUGGAGAAAGAGCUCAUCGGGGACAGUGAAAGUCAACCUAUCACGAUGCUACCCGAUAUAUCACUUGAUAUGACCAGUAUCAAAAGAUUGCAAAAGCUAGACCAGAGAAUAUCCGGGAUGGAACGUUAUGUUGGUGUUCCAGGAAUUCUAGAAGGUCAAGAAGAUGGAAAAUCAGUGUAUAAUAGAGUGAAUGAACUCUACAGAACCAUACAGCUUCUACAAGAUGAUGACAAGGAAGGAGAAAAGCUACGAAAGUUCCAGGAUAGACUGAUGGAACUAAAUGAACAGUUUGAAAACUCGCUGUUGGGUAAAAAAAUGCAGCGAGACCAGAAAUUAGGUGAUGAAACUGUGAACAAAAUUAUUACGCCUGAAAGCAAAAUAAAAGAAAUAAACGACAUGUAUGCUAUGUUUAAACAGUAUCGAGAUUCGCUGCCGCAAUUGACUGAGAGAAUGAAGGCUCUAAACAAAAUGAACAAUAAAGUGGUGGAUGUGUACGAAACGACAAGAAGGUUGGACUCGCAAAUAACAAGUGUCCGGGAACAAGAACAAGUAUGGUUAAAGACUUUAGAGCAACUGGACGUUAAAUUCAAUGAGCAAGAGACAAAAAUUCGGCAAAACAUGGACCAAAUCACGCGGAAAAUCGAUUCUCUUGAAGACAGAGUCUCACACAGUAAAACGGAACAUAAGAUAGACGAGUGA